UGAGGAUGUAAUGCCUGAUGAUCUGAGGUGGAGCUGAGGCGGUGAUGCUGGUGCUGGGGAGCGGCUGCAAAUACAGAUUAUCCUUAGCAGAGAGGUCUGACUGCACAGAGACCAUAAUAAAUCAAUUGCUUGCAGACUCAUUUCAAAACCCUAUCAGUAGGGACUUCCCUGGUGGCGCAGUGGUUAAGAAUCCACCUGCCAAUGCAGGGGACACGGGUUCGAGCCCUGGUCCGGGAAGAUCCCACAUGCCGUGGAGCAACUAGGCCCGUGCGCCACAACUACUGAGCCUGCGCUCCAGAGCCCGUGAGCCACAACUACUGAAGCCCGCAUGCCACAACUACUGAGCCUGUGCUCUGGAGCCUGCAAGCCACAACUACUGAAGCCCACACACUGCAACGAAGGGUAGCCCCCGCUCGCCGUAACUAGAGAAAGCCCGUGUGCAGCAACGAAGACCCAACGCAGCCAAAAAUAAAGUAAAUAAAAUAAAAAAAAAAAAAACCUAUCAGUGAGUAGCAAGUGAAAACAAGCUCAGGGCUCCCACUGAUUCUGCAUUAUGGUGAGUUGUAUAAUUAUUUCAUUAUAUAUUACAAUGUAAUAAUAAUAGAAAUAAAGUGCACAAUAAAUGUAACGUGCUUGAAUCAUCCCCAAACCAUCUCCCCACCCCGCCAUCCCGGUCCGUGGAAAAACUGUCUUCCACAAAACCAGUCCCCGGUGCCACAAAGGUUGGGGACCGCUGAACUAAGAGUUGGGAAGCCUGAGUGUGCGUCACUGUUGUGCCCUAGGCAGUGGUCCCCGCGGCACUAGAAAAUGACCCAUCAGAUUGUGUAGGAACAAUGUUUCCCUAGUUCCACCAGUGAACAAGAACAGAAGCAAGUAACAGCACUCCGAGUGGGGUCGGGGUGGGGGGAGUGCUGGGCUUCCUGCACACAGGGGCAGGGGGUACUCAAAUUCCUAAGUGGAAAAACAUGUGAUAUGUCUACCCUGAAAUCAGAGCCUAUGUUUAGUUUAAAGUUACACAGUUUAUAAUGCCGUGUUUGUAUGUCCAAUUUGUCCUCAAGGAACAAACAAAUUUCUCUAGCCCCGUGCCAAAUAUGGGCUCCAAACACUCAUACAGCGGGGACAGUGGAAUUAUCCUCGAGUCGACCGAAGUCUGAGCCGCACUGGCACAGGAGAAAGGAAGGGGGUGAAAUUAUUCUUGUGUUUAGGAGAACAUUUUAACAAGACUUUUCGGCUAUGAAAUGCAAGGUCCGUCCCCCUCACCCGCAGCCCCUGGGGAAUAACCUAGUAAGAGAAGCUUUGAUCAAGAAGUUGAAUCUGGGACUUCCCUGGUGGUCCAGUGGUUAAGACUCCCCUCUUCCACUGCAGGGGGCACGGGUUCCAUCCCUGGUUGGGGAACUAAGAUCCUGCAUACUGCAGGGCACGGCCAAAAAAACAAAAAGGUAUUAAAUCGUUCUGCAAAAAGAGUUCAUGGGAAUGUGGGAUGAAAAACAGGGCCCCAGGGCUUCCCUGGUGGCGCAGUGGUUGCGCGUCCGCCUGCCGAUGCAGGGGAACCGGGUUCGCGCCCCGGUCUGGGAGGAUCCCACAUUGCCGCGGAGAGGCUGGGCCCGUGAGCCAUGGCCGCUGAGCCUGCGCGUCCGGAGCCUGUGCUCCGCAGCGGGAGAGGCCGCAGCAGAGGGAGGCCCGCGUACCACAAAAAAAAAAAAAAAAAACAGGGCCCUGGAAGUCUAGAAGAAGAGGAGAGUCCAGCUUUGGGGUGCACACAUGGGCUUCCCUACUGCAAAGGGCCCAGCAAAACCCAGCCCUGGUCCUUCCUGUGGUAAACAGAAGAACAAAAUGGUAACUGUAUGGACCAAAAGACAUUUUAAAAUAAGAGGCUUCGUUCUCCCUGUUGAAAAUAAGAGACUUCUCCCCCUACCCCUUUCUUAGAGCACUAACUUUAGAAAACUUGUAAGCUCUUUCUCUGCCUCUUUGAAAUGUGUGUAAGUGUUUUUAGAAGCUAAACCAGCCUCUUGCAGCUUUAGGACCCAGGGAUGUCUCUCCCAAGGCCCUGGGAGCCAUCUCUUCGAAAUGUAAAUAUCAGGAGAGAGAGCACCCCUAUCUCCCCGUUCCUAUGGGAGGGUAAGACCCUAACUGAGGUGGGCUCCUUGCUCCAAGUUGCAAAACUACCUCCUGUCAUAAAGAUACUUUGUUUUUCCUCCAAUUAAGCCUAUUAAUAACACAAAGGAUCACCAAUUACCGUGAAGUUAGGAUGAAUGGUGUGUGACAAACGGUGCUCUCAAGCCUCUUACUUGAGGACUAGUUACUGUCUAUCUUGAGAACAUGCGUGUAAUGGCUGUAUCUGUUUGGCUCUAUAGCAGGGUGAGAUACUUCAUCUUUACAAUCUCUUAGCAGAUGGCCUGUGACGCACAUCACAUUCUGGUAAUGCUUAUUCAAAUAUAAAACUGUUUUCUUUCCUCCACUACCUUUGUGGAGAGGUUUUCCUGGGUUGGGCAAUUUUGUUUUUAAUUAUAUACCCCAACAUAAUGCAUGUGCUUAAAAAGGAAAAAAAAAAAAGUGGGACGGUCUUGAGAUGUAAGACCCCUAGAUGGGACAGACAUGGAAAAACAGUGGGGAGAGACAGAGGAAUUUCUAAGAGUGAUGCUGACAUUCAACUGAAAAUUGUUUCCAAAACGUAAAUAAUAGCAUAAUAGCAGCAAAUACAUACAGAGACUACGGUCAGGCAUCGUUCUAAGUGUUUUACACAUUAACUUAAUUAGCUAUGUAGUAGUUUGGAUUAUCGUUCUUAAUUAUUCACCCCCCACCCUGCCUCUGAGAACCCUCCAAUGGGCAGAAAAGGUAUCACGGAACAGCAGAGAAGCAGGCUGAAGUUUGGACUGGUUUUGGAAGUAGGUACGAUGCAAACUCUCUUUUCUAGCUAAAAGUGACCCUUGAAGGGCGUGUGUGGAAAGGCCAGAUUCAGCUACUACAUAAGAUGGGAAUGUGAGCCACUCUAUUUGGAUAUUACAGGAUAUACCAAACUGGAGGAAACUGGGGGCCAGCAUAUGGCAGACACCAGCCCUGAGCACUGAGGAUGUAGUAAGCAGGAGUGGGCCCAGAAGAUAAGAAGGGGAAGGGAACUCAGUAAGGAUCAGACACUUCCGUACUGUUUGGAGGCUGGGAGGCAGGACUGGAAUCCCUCAUUCCCACCAAUGACCAACAUGUCAAGUCAUUUUUGAGGGUCUGGCUCAAGAAAGCAGAUUUACCUUGCCCUGGCCUAGCCCAGCUGCCAAACACAUCCACUGUGAGCCAGAUGCUUAGAAUGACUUGGGUCAAGAAGACCUGGAGAGGGACCUGCAAGAGGCUUCCUGGGUGGGUGGUAAAGCCUGAGCCCUGAAUCAUCCUUCUGACAUUUACAAAGUCCCUAACCAGCACUGGCCCCACCGCUGCUCCCUGGUUUCCUGCCCUGAGUGCCACAAAGGACCAGGAAAUAGUGGGGGGAAGGUGGGGGGCGGUGAGCAGUACAAAGACAAGAGGGAAGAGGAAAGAAGCAGAACUUCAUGACUAAUAAAAUCUUUACACCUAAUUUUUUAGAAGGAAAUUGAAUUCUGGUGGGGAAAGCAGGCACCACGGUCAGUGAGGCCGGAAUAAAAAUUUACCUGGAACCUACAGAAGGGAAAGAGGCUGCACUCAUUUGGAAGGGACAAAGUCCAUGGGAAUUGCCCACAGAUGCUGGGUCCCCUAAGUGACUCCAUACUGCGGCCUAACACCUGGUCCCUAACGUUCUCAGCAGCCACUAUGAAGGCUGGACAAAAGGAGGCUUUCACUGCCCUGCCUCACUUAGGCCUCCCUCAGUAUCUGGUGUGCCCAGGGUCCUAAUCCAGCCAUGUUUGAUAUGAGGUUGGGGGUGGAGGUGAGGGGGCAAGUCUUUCAGCUGUUACUUUUCCAGGUUUUAGGCAGCCUGGGGCACCUCUGGUCAUUUAUUGAAGGACUGGGCUCAAAUGAGGUAUAAAUCAGGAACUGAAGACUUACUGGGCUGCACUGGGUCCAGAGCAGGACAUUCCGCAUGGGCCCAGCACAGCCUAGCAGGCCGGCCUUCCAGGGCCCAGCCCACGGUCUUUCCCAGGUCCCAGCCCAGAAAAGCGGAGGCUUUCUCCUGCGUUUGGAAGACUGACUCACCCCCUCUUCCUCCUAGCUCUCCAAAAGGCCGCGAGACCUCUGGAAGUGUCCUCAUCCUGCUCCCUUCAACCCCGAGGCGCCUGGCCCCAGGCCUCCCCCGGAGGUCCAGAGAAACCCCGGCGCCUCCAUGCUCUCGGCCUCACCCAGGCGGGGGCCCCUUCAUCGCCCCACAGCUCCGCUCGGCCCGGGAGGGACGGCCCUCCCCCACAACCGGCUCUGCGGCUCGCAGGUUCGGGCUAGCCUGGGGCGGGGACUGGGAGCGUCUCAAAGUGGUGAGGAGGGCGGGGACGCGGGCCCCUCUUUAAAGGCCCGGGACCCGAGGAGCCUCGAUACCGGCCGGCGACGCCGAGAAGCGCGCCCCAUCCGGCUCCCUUCGCCUAAGCCGCCGGGGCUACCAUGGGCCGCUACCGCAUCCGCGUGGCCACCGGGGCCGCACUCUUCGCCGGGUCGCACCACCGCGUGCAGCUGUGGCUGGUCGGGGCGCGCGGCGAGACGGAGCUGGAGCUGCAGCUGUUGCCGGCGCGGGGCCAGCCCGCCUGGCAGGAAACAACGCACUGGACGUGUUCCAGAAACAUCGAGAGAAGGAACUGAAAGAAAGACGUCAGAUAUACUGGUGACCACCCACCUACAGGGCCUCUCAGUGGUACCCCCUAUCACUGACCUGGACACCCUCCCUGAAGCCUUGUCCCCAUCUCCUAGCUGGGCCACAUGGAAGGAAGGGUUACCCCUGACAAUAGCUGCGGGCUGUGAGGACGAUCUACCUGCAAAUAUGAGAUUCCACGAGGAGAAGAGGCUGGACUUUGAGUGGACACUGAAGGCAGGGACUCUGGAGACGGUCCUCAAACGCGUUUACACCCUCCUGGGCUCCUGGAACCGCUUGGAGGAUUUUGAUCACAUCUUCUGGGGCCAGAAGAGUACCCUGUCUGAGAAGGUUCGCCAGCGCUGGCAGGACGAUGAAUUGUUUGGCUACCAGUUCCUCAAUGGCACCAAUCCCAUGCUGUUGAGACGCUGCACCUCUCUGCCCUCCCGGCUAGUGCUGCCCUCGGGGAUGGAGGAGCUACGGGCCCAGCUGGAGGAAGAACUCCAGGACAGUUCCCUGUUUGAGGCUGAUUUCAUUCUCCUGGAUGGAAUUCCAGCCAAUGUGAUCCGAGGAGAGAAGCAGUACCUGGCUGCCCCCCUCGUCAUGCUGAAGAUGGACACCAGUGGGAAGCUGCUACCCAUGGUCAUCCAGAUCCAGCCUCCCAGCUCCAGCUCCCCGACCCCACCACUGUUCCUGCCCUCAGAUCCUCCACUUGCCUGGCUCCUGGCAAAGUCCUGGGUCCGAAAUUCAGAUUUCCAACUGCACCAGCUCCAAUAUCAUCUGCUGAACACCCACCUGCUGGCUGAGGUCAUUGCUGUGGCCACCAUGAGGUGCCUCCCGGGGCUGCACCCGGUCUUCAAGCUCCUGAUCCCACACAUCCACUACACGAUGGAAAUCAACACCCGGGCACGGACCCAACUCAUCUCAGAAGGAGGUAUAUUUGAAAAGGCAGUGAGCACCGGUGGAGGGGGCCACGUGCACGUGCUCCGCCGGGCCCUGGCUCAGCUGACCUACUGUUCCCUCUGUCCUCCCAACGAUCUGGCUGAGCGCGGCCUGCUGGGAACCCCGGGUGCUCUCUAUGCCUGCGAUGCUUUACGGCUCUGGGAGAUCACUGCCCGGUACGUGGAGGGGAUCAUCCACCUUUUCUACCGCGGGGAUGACGUCGUGAGAGGGGACGCUGAGCUGCAGGCCUGGUGUCGGGAGAUCACUGAGGUGGGGCUGUGCCAGGCCCAGAACCGAGGUUUCCCCAUCUCCUUCCAGUCCCAGAAUCAACUCUGCCAUUUCCUUACCAUGUGUGUCUUCACGUGCACUGCUCAGCAUGGGGCCAUCAACCAGGGCCAGCUGGACUGGUAUGCCUGGGUCCCUAAUGCCCCAUGCACAAUGCGGAUGCCCCCACCUACCACCAAGGAAGAUGUGACAAUGGCCACGGUGAUGGGCUCACUACCUGAUGUCCAACAGGCCUGUCUUCAAAUGACCAUCACGUGGCAUCUGGGGCGCCGCCAGCCAGACAUGGUGCCUCUGGGGCAUCACAAAGAAAAGUAUUUCUCAGACCCCAAGGCCAAGUCUGUACUAAACCAAUUCCAAACAGAUCUGGAAAACUUGGAAAGGGAGAUUACAGACCGGAAUGAGCAACUUGACCUGCCCUAUGAAUACCUAAAGCCCAGCCUCAUAGAGAACAGCGUCACUAUCUGAGCUCUGGGACGCCCCCACCGGGAAGACUGCAGAUCAGCUCUGGGACUGACAGUUCCAUAAUGAGUUUCAGGGUUUCCUAGUCUCUGCUGCAGAGGCUCUAUUUCCUCCCCCAAUUAAACCCCCUACAUCUGCAUCCCAUGAGCCCAAGGGCCUUUACUUUUCUGUAAAGGGCCUGAUAAUAUGUUAGGCUUUGUAGGCCACACAGUCUGUCACAGCUACUCAACUCUUUUGUUGUAGCGCAGAAGCAGCCACAGGCAACGUGUAAAUGAAUGCUGUGUUCCAAUAAAACUUUAUUUACAGUGAGUGAAAUAUGAACUU